AUGGCCGAUCCAUCGCCUGAUGUAAAGGAAUCGUUUGGAAAAUACUCCGAUGAUGGGAUCCAUAUGAGUUUCGAUCAACUGCUACUGUUCAUUGAGGAGUUCCAGGGCAGCGAUGGUGCCUCAAUUUCAAUAUAUCUAAUCGAUUCCCGAGAAAACAUCUAUAAGUUUGCAAAAAAAGGUUUCCCCCUAUCCCAGAUUGGUGUUAUUCUUCGUGAUUCCCAUGGUAUUGUCCAGGUGAAUAGCAUAACUGGGAGCAAGAUUCUCGGGAUUCUCAAAGCAAAUGGUAAGCAUUAUCAUUCUCAUAAUCUUAUUGCUAUCUUAAUGUAUUGGGAUUUGAGACAACAGAAUCCAGUCCACACACAACAACUACCUGAUCGUUGCUAUGGACUUACAGUGAGACAUCCUUUGAUGGUUGUUGCAACAGGAGAUAGAAAUCUUAUAGCAUUCAACUUACAAAACCCUCUG